GAACACACAUUCGCACCGACAUCCGUUGGGUUCACAUCCACACACAAACCGAAAGCCCACGAUGAGCGGCUCUCCUUCAUCUCUCGUGCGCUAGAAUGACGGAGCGUGACGCGGGUGACCGGAUCGCGGGUGUGUUUCUCUGGCUCUGUGUUUAUCUGAAGGGACUGACACCAGACUCUCCUGCUUCUGCUUCUACUGGAAACUUCUGCCAACAUCUCUGACGGACACAUUCGUGGACUGAUAUUGAUUUCUGGUUGUAUUACAGUAAAAGCUGCGGGCGCGCACGGCUUUUAUAUCUGCAUUAAAGUGUCAGUGGAAAGCAUGCGUUCAUCACGCAUGUGUGUUAGAAUGAAAACAUAAGCCCGGACUCUGUGUGUGGUGUUUUCUGUGUCUCCGGCUGCGCAGUUCACAUUUAUUGAGCGUAGUGCGGAGAGAGACAUUUGGAGACUCCAGUGAGAUCAGCUGUGAGCGCAGAUGUGAAUGAAAGUCCAGUGAAGAAACAGGAAUAAUCGACUGUACUGUAGACAUGCUGCAGAUAGAAAUGAUGGUGUUCGUGGGUGUCAUUCUGUGGAUGUGUGUGUUUAGUCAAGAGCCCAGCUCGAAGGUGAUGGCUGAUCGAUACGCGGUCUACUGGAACCGAACCAACCCGAGGUUUCAGCGUGGGGAUUAUCACAUUGAUGUCUGUAUAAAUGAUUAUCUGGACGUGUAUUGCCCACACUACGAGGACUCUGUGCCUGAGGAGCGGACGGAGCGAUACGUCCUUUAUAUGGUCAACUAUGACGGUUACAGCACGUGUGAUCACACGGCGAAAGGCUUCAAGCGCUGGGAGUGUAACCGACCGAAUUCGCCAAACGGUCCGCUAAAGUUCUCCGAGAAGUUUCAGCUCUUUACACCCUUCUCUCUGGGCUUUGAAUUUCGACCGGGCCGCGAGUAUUAUUACAUAUCAUCUAUGAUCACAGAGACGGGCAGAAGAUCGUGUCUCAAGCUGAAAGUUUUCGUAAGACCACCGAAUGGCUGUGAGAAAACCAUAGGCGUUCAUGACCGCGUUUUUGUCGAUAAUGACAAAGUAGACAAUGCUUUAGAACCAAGAGACGACACCAGUCACGAGGCAGAACCGUCCCGGAGCGAUGUGUCCGGUACCGGUCGGCCUCUUGCGCCUGCACGGCCCCUGCUGGCUCUUCUGCUGCUCUGUGUCUCUGUGUUGUUCACCUUAUAGCCCCUCACCUGACCCCGAAACAGCCCCGGGUCCGAGCACGAGCGAGUCGGCGCUGGGGAGUCGAGAGGGCUUUGAGAUUUACCAGGAACACUUUAAUUACGCUUUUAUUUUGAUUUCCAAAUAGUUAAGAGGUCUUUGAUUAAGAAAAGUUGAUUAGUGGUGCGAAGAAGAAACACAGAUCGCCUUUUUAACCAAUCGACUGUGACGCCAAAUCACGUUUUGACAGCCGGUCACAGGGGAUUGGCCGGCUGGGAGGAGCGGGUGGAGUUUUUGACUCCGUCGGGAGCGAGUCGCUCUUUUUGUCAGUAAUUAGCGCAAGUGUUACAAAUGCCGGAGAGAAUAGUUUCUCGUGAUGGUUUAUAGGUUGGUAGUACAGACGCUAAUAUAAAAACUGUACUGUAAGUGUGUUCACUGGCUCAGAUCUCUGAUGUUAGAAGUAAAUAUACAAAGACUUCUUGCCUUUAUGUCUGCCUUCCCUUAACAAACUGCAGAAUUCAGCUGGAGUCUGUUCAGCAUCUCGCCUUACCACUGCGAUCCUUCACAAGAGAAGACGGCGUUUUUCUCCUCUUUCUGUUACGUAAUUUAAUUAUGAAUUUGGAAGGAGGUUCAAUUUGUUCUCUACUGCAAUUUAAGGGACACCACUAAAACAAUGAUUUUGUAUUUUGUAAGAUAGACUUACUGCAACAUAAAUAUCUAUAUUUUUCCUAUGACCUUUUAUGAUAUGAGAUCGGAUCAUGGAAAUUCUUUUCUUCUCAUGACUCUGUUAGGAACCAAAUAUCAAAAGGGGCUCCACAUUUACAUGGGUGGGACGAAUCUGAAUAAGCCUUAUACUAAUAUCCCUAAAAGUGCUUCAGAUUUAGCAUUUCAAUAGGGGAAAUAAGAUGUAGUUUGAGUUUUUUAUUUCAGUACUACAUGUGUUUGUUCUUUGUACAGAUAGCUGUUUAUCGGAUCAAUUCUGACACAACACACAAUACAUCAGCACUUCAGCCUUACAAAUAAACGGAAACUGUUAUUAACAUGUCUAGAUCAUAUUUCAGCCCAAAAUAACAAAGAAAAUGAUGUUUUGCUUAAAGGUGCAGUGUGUAGAUUUAAGCAUCUAGUGGUGAGGUUGAGAAUUGCAACCAGUUCACAGCCCACACCUCCCGCAUAGAGAAGCUACGGAAGCCGCUAUAGGACAAACACAUGACAGACACAUGACUGUGAAACGUGAAAAUGGUGACUUCCAUGAAAGGGGACCCACGGUGUAUGUAGAUAGAAACGGCUCAGUCUUAAGUCAUAAAAACACAAAGGUUCAUUGUGUAAGAUCUUUAUACACCACUUAAAAAAUAGUUAAGCAUAUUAUAUUGCAUUUAUCUCAAUAGAUCCUCCUAAAAUGUACACACUGCACUUUUAAAGGAAAUUAUGCCUGAUUUUAAGAUCAUUUGGUAAUGCGUAAUGACUUCAUUUCAUGAGAAUUUACUCAUAUUCAUGAAAAUAAACACAAAUAAAAAACAUUUGUACACUGUAAAACAUUGCUGUAGUUAUGCAGCUGUUUGCCAGUAACUUACCGUAGAUUUAAGCCGCACCUAUUCCAUCGCUAAAAACAAUGUUAUUUUGUAAACUGUUGUCUACAAUCUGUGUGUUUGUUGUAGAUUUUAGUUGGAAACGAUAACUCCAGUCAUUGUUUACUUUGGGAUUUGUAACUUUUGUAUAUCGUUAACAUGAACUAAUACACACUUACACACCAAAGGAAAUGUAAAAUCGUGAAUCUGAUCAUAUGUGCUCUUUAAAUGUAUUUUAUUUACUAGCAACAGUUUGUUCAAAGUUAAACGAACAUUAAACAUUAACAAGUUUUUAUCUUUACAGAAUAAAACUAAAAUAACAGCCUCAUGCAAAGCAUUCUGGGAACCAGAAAUCCUCAUCAAUCUUUUUCUGUUUUUCCUUCAGAUUUUGUUUCCCAGAAUACUUUGCAUGAGGGUGACAUUUUAUAGUUUUAUUCUGUAAAGAUAAAGACUUGUUCAUGUUUAAUGCUCAUUUAACUUUGAACAAACUGUAAAUAACAUCAAUUUCAAUCUACAGUAAGUUACUGUAAACAGCUGCAGUAUUACUGUCAUUUCUACAGACAUCUUUUACAGUCUAACAUAAAUGUAAAAUACUUUCUCAUAACCCAUCUGAAAAUGCAGAGAGAAACUAGAAGCCAUUACAGAGUUAGAAUGAACCAAACUCUUGAUGUCAUAAAAUAGGCUUCAUUUUCUAAUGCAAACUGUAAGUUCGUUGUGGGAUCCUGUUUGAAUAAGAUUCAUCAGAAAAGACUUAAACAAGAUAAUUGUAUAUGAUGGUUGACCUUACACACCUGAUGACAGACACACAAUCAGAGCUUUACAGAUAUUUCUGCUUUUAAAAUAUCACGAGAGAGCAAAUGAAAGAGUCUGAUGAAAUAGACGUCUGUCACCUUGAAGUCAAAAAUCAUGAAAGAAAGAAAGAAAGAGCGAGAGAGGUUAAGUAGCAAGUAUUCAUAACAUUAAACAAUACUGUAAAUGUUUUAACUGGAUGGUGUUUCAUGUUUAUUUUAGUGAUUUAAACAGCAGGACUGGAGGAAAUACACCACAUGUGCUGCGUUUCAUAGUUUACUGUAAAAGCUAUGAAAGAAACUUUUGAAAAAUCAGCUUCAGUAGUAUUUCUAUCAUUUGUACUUUAGAUUAUUACCAUGAUUACCACGCUUUCUACACACUUUGAACUGGGAAACAAGAAUCAUCUUAAUACAUGGAUACUGUGUAUCCUUAGGUUGUCAGAAGUAUAACAUUAUAGUGUUAGAAUAACUAUUUGUUUGUUUUUUUGUACCUUUCUGAAGGACAAGGAAAUAUAGACACGUCAUUAUUAAUUAUUAUUAUUAUUCAACAUCACUGUUAUGUGAGAUCGCGUUAAAUGUUCGGAUCUAAAUGUGUUGUACAUAAUGUUUGAUAUUGAGGUAUUAAUUUGAUUCAUGUCUUUUCUAAAAAAAGUGAAAAAUAAGAUAACAUUUUGGGAGAUGAGUUCAUUCAUAUGAUAAACAACAUUUCUACAGCCAUUAGGAGGUCACCUGUUAUGAUGUGUUGAGUCAAUAGAAAAGCCUCAAUGAUACAGAAUAACAUUACAUCAAUCUCGGGCAAACUUUUUUCAUCUCCAUGUGGAUCAGAAGAUGAAUGACAGUUUUAAGCGUGCGGUGGUUUUACAGGAGUGUCUUUCUGUGGACUGUUUUUUUUUUUGGCAUGUGCAUGGACUUGAUAAUGUAUAACAUGUUAAAUAAAGUGUUCAUUUGACAGUUUUCACCUCUUUUUUUCUCCACAUGUUUGUGAAAGUUUGUUAAGCCCACUGAAAUAAGACAUCACAGGAGUGAGUUGUUGUUUUGCACUUUUUGAAGGGUUUUGAGGCUAACAGCAUCUUUAUGUUUUACUACAAAAGGUUCUAGAUUUGAUCUUUUAUUUGUCUUGUUUUAAGAAUCUGUUCACAGUCUUCAACAGUGUGUCUUUGUUCAAGCAAAAUUCAGAAUUUAAGAUUCAACUCUUUUUUUAUCUGUCUGUGCAUUUCAACUGAAUUGGCCACAAUCCCAACAGAACACUGAAGAGAAAUUUACUAAAUCCAACAAUCACAUAAAAUGUAAUUAAAUUAAAUUGACAUAAUUAUUAGUUUCUUUAUUUUGUAUAUUUAUGGUUGUUGUGGCACAGAUAUAUUUUUUACCAUGACAGUUAACAGAAAACUAAAUUGACAAAUGUGAAUCGAGUGUGAUUGAGUACAUUUAUCUAUAACAUAUGCACUAAUAUCUGGGAAAAUUUCGAAUAAUUUGAGAAAAAUAUCCAAUAGUCUGCAUAUUGUGUAUGAUGAUGUUUAUAUUAAAAACUGCACUUUUACAAAUUCCCUCUUUCUACACUUAAAAUCAUCUGAUAAUCUUGUUUUUUUUACUUCAAAUGAGGAUGAUUGACAGUUUCUGAAUUCUGAAUGAUGCUAAAUGAUGAUGAUGUGGUUUAUUUUUCUCUGAAAUCCUCUCUGUCAUGUCUCAUAUUCAGUAACGAUGUGUAAAGAAAGCAAACUGUUAAAGUCCGCUGGAGAAUCCGUAUGUGUGUGUGUGUGUGUGUGUGUGUUGAGUCAGAUCUCGUACGUCUCUUUAAUAACACACUGCUUUGAUUUUCUCUUUUACAUCUCUGGGUGCUGUACUGUACUUGCUUUCCCCAACUGUACAAACAGGAACAAACUUUUAAAAAAAGAAAAUGGAAAAAAUCUAAGGUCUGUAUUUGUAUAUACACACGUGUCUGAGCAACUAUAAAUAAUAAUAAUAAAGAAUAAACAUUG